AUUGUCUUAGCCGCAGGUGUUGUGUGAUUGUAUUUUAUAUGUGAUUUGUGAUUUUUACUGUGAAUGAAUGUUUGUUUGGUGCUGUGAUUGCUUGGAAUGUGAGUGUAUUUGUUUUCAUAUAGCACUCUGGUAACAUUAUGGCUGGAGCAUCUUAUACUCAAGAAGACGGCGCGCUGGAAGACUGUGUUCUUUCUGUGUUACUUAACCCUAUUCGUGAUCUGACAGAGAAUUGGGAAAUUAAUUUGGCACGAUACCUUCAGGAAUACCAUGACUUGCUGGUUGAAAAUAGUUUAAAUGCUCAGGAAAUUCUUAGUGCCAUCAAUUUUGCGAAAGCUGCACUCGUCAUUCAAAAAUCUGCUGACAUUUAUGGGAAGAAAGUGGAUUACUUGUGGCAGAUAUUGCAUAAUGUUUUAGAUACCAUUAGGAACCAGAGAAAUGAAACUGACCCUGCAAAACCUGGUGCACCAACGAAGAAAGGCAAGGAGGUGAAGGACAAUGCCCAUGUUUCUACAGAAUUCUGUUCUUUAGAUGAUGAAUAUGGCGCUUCUGCUGGGGACAUAAACAUACAAGCACGUGAGACACGCAGUAAGGUCAAGCUACUUCCCGUAUACAAUCCGCAGCUAGAUUCCUUUCUGGGUGUAAAGAAAAUAGAACUUUAUGGGCAGAGGGGUAACGCAGUCGGUAAUAAAUAUGAUUUCAGAGUCAAUAAAUACCUGUCAUCCACUGGACUGUUAAUUAGUGAACCAGAAUUAAACCAGUGUUCAGGCGCACUAGAAUAUGAUUACGAUGAGUUAUCAAGCCCUUCACCGGAACCUGCAAUUGAACAACAUGAAACUAUUCCAAUGGAAAUUGAUCCAGAGCCUGUCGAAAAUUGUGCCAUCGAAGUAUGCACACUAGCAGCCACACCAAGUCGAGAAGAAAUAGUUGAAGUUACAACAGAUCAAGAGCAUGAGAAGAACAAAGCAGAAAAUUCUAGGAAAAGGGGGACUGCAGAGGUUGUUAAUGAGAAUCGUACUGGAUGGGAUAGCAUUGUGCAAAAAGAUGAGAGAGAAAGAGAACUACAACCAAGACCUACAGUUCAUAUGCCAUCUGCCACUGAGUACAUUUCAUCUGUAUUGCAAAAGAGACCUCCUGCUGACAAUAACGCAGGUAUGGAAAGAAACAAAAGACCACCUAGUUUUUUGUCAUUUUUUGCAAAGGAUAUAAUUUCGAAAGGGAAGAAAAAAGUAUGUUACUUAGCCUUUCAAGAAUAUUGCUGUUUACCGGAGCAGAAACGGUCUAAAGAAUCAGUCGAAUUAAAUCUAGACGAUGUUAUGAGGGACGUGGCUAGCGAAUUUGGCGAAGAAGACUUUUGCGGAUUUGAAGAGCCUGUGAUUCUUGAAAACGAGGACGACGUUAAUUUCGAAGCGAAUGAGGUCGAUGAACUGCCACUACUCGAAUGUUUACCUCCACCCUCCGACGUGCCUGCACCAAGUUACGCGGAAUUUGUUAGAGAGGCAAUUGUCGUUCCAGCAGUAACAGCAGAGGUCGCUGAAAGUAUAACACAGAUUGUAAAUGAAUGGCAUGAUUCCAUAAGACAUAUUUUGAAGGCAUCACAGGAAAGAGGUCAUUUUAAUAUUCAUAAGUAUUGUGAUUUAGUGCUUUCUCGAUUCCCACAUACGGAGGAACACCCAGUUUUGCCUUUCAGUGAUAUAGUUGGAAAUGAACCAGUCGAAAAUGUUUCGCGUUAUUUCCUGGCAACUCUUAUGCUUGCCAAUGCGUAUAAUGUGGAAAUAAUAAGGACCAUAGACGACCCUCUAGCAAUGGACUGUAUGAGCGCCAAGCUUCUUACGAGAGUAAGAGAUAAUGAACUCUUGAAAGAGAUGUACGAGUGAAUUCAUCCCUUUACAAAUGAUUCUCAAGGUGACAUUCUGAUUUCCAUUUUAAUGUCUAGAUUCAUCAGAACUUCACCCCAGGAACGGUAGUUAUUCUGGCGCAUAAAUUUGUUUUUACAAACACGUUAAUUGUUUGUAAUACUGUACCAAACUGAAAAAGGCGUCAUAAAAUCGUGUUGAAGUAAUUUAUUUUUAGAGUUUUUCUUUUUAAAUUUGAAAUGAGCCUGUCGGUUAUGUGAAUGUAAGUUCGUUACGUCACACGGGCUGUGCGCAUGCGCCAGCUAGCGGCUUCUACCGCUCUGUGUGUAACAUUCGCGCCAAAAUAGUUAUCUGGCUAGGCGUUGUACGUGUGGAUUACUGUUCUGAACAUGCCGGCGAGAAAAGGAAAACGCUCAGCUACGAAGACGCCCGCCGCAGAAGCAGCUAAAACGGCAGAAUCUACAGAUGCAGAACAAAAAAAGCCUCGUAGAAGUCCUAAAAAGUCUCAAGCCCAGCCUGCAUCACAAAACGUGGAGGAGGCUAAAACUGCAACUACGUUAGAGGAGGGCGAACCUGCACCUAAGAGGGCCAGAGGCAAGCAGAAGGAUAAAACUGAUGUUGCAGAUGGCCAAGAAUCGAAGAACACUCCCGAAAAACGCGGAAGAGGUAAAACUGAGUCACCAAAUAAACCAAAAUCUGGUGAGGCACGUAAGUCAGUAGCGAAGAAAGGAUCGCCACGAGUUGCAGCAAAACCUAAACGAGGCGCGAAAGCCCGGAAAUCUGGUGGAAAAACUGCCUCUGCAAAGCGCAAGUGAUUUCACGUUGAAUCAUUAUCCAAAAGUUAUUAAGGCACACUUUUCCUGAAGGCGCGUGGAUAUUUCUAUGAUUGCAGAAAAUUUUACAACUUCAGUAAUAUACAAUAUUACAGAUGAACUUUUAGUACUAAAAUAUGUCUGUAAAGGACAUAGUUCACUCUUUUUUAUAUAAUUUGUGUAUUUCAUGAUUGAGUGGCUUUUGUGUAAUGGCCACACUUGAAACCAUUUGUUACCAGAGUAUGAAAUAGUAGAAAAAACAAAAAUGUAAUAUAGCGUAUAAAUAAGAUGCAGCAUACCUUCACUUUUUAAUAUUGAUGAUAAAAACAAUAUUUUGAUAUUAAUGACAUCUUACCUAGAGAGAUUGUAAUAUAUUUGCAUGAUAAAUACAGCUGUACUGGCCUGAGUUUUAUGUUUUAAUCCAACUAACUUGUUGUGUAAGCAUAUGUUAAGCACAACGUAAAUUUUUUAAAAAUAUUUUGUUGUGAGAAUUCCCCCUUGAGAAAUUGAAAAAUAACUUGUGGAACUUUAUAUAUGUAACCAUAUGUAUUUUACAUGUAUUUCACUUGUUUACAUUUGAAUGUAAUGGUUGAGAAGAGUGUGUUUAUGGCUCGAGGGGGGGGGGGGGCACCUGCCUUGUUUGUUGCUGCACUAUCUUAAUUCUGUGUCAACAUGCUUGUUUCUUGUGAUGUAUUUUUUUUUCCCUUAGACAAUAAAUUACAUUGUCUGCGCGCAUUUACCACUUCACUAUUUGUGUACAAAAGGUAAAUAAACUACUGUCACGUA